AUGAAGAACAGUGAAGCUAGACCUGUUGGAACAUCACCAUUACCGGAAGCUAAUGAGGUUGAAAAGAAAGAACCCAACGAGUGCAAUUACGUCCAAAACAAUAAGAGAUCACACGGCAAUGGCCGUGGUGGUUACAAGGGGCCUGGUAGUGACAAUUACUCGAACAGCCGAGACAACUACUCGACCAGCCGGAAAGGAAACCACAAUAACCGUGGUCGUGGUUCCAAUUAUGGCCGUGGCUGCGGUAGUUAUGGCCGUGGUCAAGGCGGCAUAUCCAAACCUCUGAAGAACAAGAACCCGGAGGCUCACAUGGUUCACGAUUCCGGAUAUGAGGCCGAUAAUGAUUCCGACAUUGCUAAAGAUGACCAGAUGGACUUUGAGACUUCUGAUUGUCUCAAGGACUAA